UUUCUCUAUCUAAUUCACGGAUUCACACGAGAUAUCAUUCAUAAUUGCACAUGUUUUUCAUUUUAUUUGAAAACCCUGCAUUAAGAAACACAUUUAUUUUGAUGAAUCCUUUACCGGUUUUCCAUUUGCAUUUUGCGUUCUAAUAUUUUUAUAUCUAUAUACAAGUUUCAUACUUGAGAAACUUUUUAUGUGCGAGAUCGUAUUUUGUAAAUCAAAUCUUGUACUAUUAUUAAAAGUCAAUAGUAGGUCACAUAAUUUUCAAAGAGUGUCUUAUAUGAUGCAACCAAAUUGAAAUAAAUUAUAUUUUAGGGCUCCUCAUUGACCGUGAACCCAUAUUCCCACACCAUAAAUAAGCCUCAACAUCAUAGCAGAGCCAAUAAAAGAAACCCCAAAUCAAUCAAGAGAGAAAAAAACUUUCUCAACAAAAAGAACAAACAAAACCCAGCCGGCAGAGUUGAGAGAGAAAUAUAUAGAAGGUGCGCAUAGCUAUGGAGAACGCCUCUAAACGUCCGCUCCUGGCGCCGGCGGAGGAGGAGCAGGCGGAGCCGGAGCUUUCUGUACAGGACUACCUCGUCUACCGGUGGUCAACCCACUCCUUCGUCACCUCCCACUCCUUCAUCACCUCCUUCGUUGACGACGGCGACGACAUCCCUCCGAUCUCCAGCGCCCGCCAGUUCUCCAAAGCAUUCGCUCGUGAGUCCAAGAAGCUGUGGUAUUUGGCCGGCCCCGCCAUCUUCACCUCCCUCUGCCAGUACUCGCUCGGCGCCAUCACCCAGACCUUCGCCGGCCACGUCGGCACCCUGGAUCUCGCCGCCUUCUCAAUCGAGAAUUCCGUCAUCGCCGGACUGUCCUUCGGUAUUAUGCUGGGAAUGGGAAGCGCUCUGGAGACCCUGUGCGGUCAGGCCUACGGCGCUGGGCAAGUAGAGAUGCUGGGAAUAUAUAUGCAGCGGUCGUGGGUGAUUCUACUCUGCACCGCCUUCAUCCUCAUGUUCCUCUACAUCUUCGCGCUGCCUUUCCUGCUGCUGAUCGGGCAGACGGAGGAUAUAUCGCGCGCCGCCGGAAAAAUCGCGCUGUGGAUGAUCCCACAGCUGUUCGCCUACGCAGUCAAUUUCCCCAUCGCCAAGUUCUUGCAGGCGCAGAGCAAGAUUAUGGCAAUGGCCUGGAUCUCGGCUGUGGCCCUGCACAAACAUAGUAGGGUGGACAGUGAUGGUAGCCAUUGGAUUCAAUGCAGCAAUCAGGUAACUAACGUAAGAGUGUCUAAUGAAUUAGGGGCGGAUCAUCCUCGGACAGCCAAGUUUUCUGUACUUGUGGUGGUGGUAUCUUCAUUCGUAAUCGGCCUCCUUAUUGCCGGCUUUCUUCUCAUCUUCCACAACCAAUAUCCUUCAUGGUUCUCCAACAGUUUGGAAGUCAAGCAAAUUGUGUACCAGCUCACACCUCUCUUAGUUUUCUGUAUUGUGGUCAACAAUGUCCAACCUGCACUUUCAGGUGUGGCUAUUGGGGCAGGAUGGCAAGCUUUAGUUGCCUAUGUCAAUAUCGCAUGCUACUAUCUGUUUGGCAUCCCAUUGGGUCUUAUACUUGGUUAUGCACUUAACAUGGAUGUUAAAGGCAUAUGGUAUGGGAUGGUGGCAGGAACACUUGUACAGACACUGUUCCUCUUUUUGAUUGUCUACAAAACUAAUUGGCAGAAAGAGGCUUCUGUGGCAGCUCUAAGAAUCAAGAUGUGGGGAGGAGAAGCAGAUGCUAAGGCAAAUGACGUUGAAAAAUAAAAUAAAUGAGCUGAGUAUCCUUGAGGAAGAUCACUAGGGAAGCGUUUGGAGUUUAUUGUGAUUACGGUGUAACUUCUCAAAUGUCCCGUCAUCAUUACAAGGGAAAGAAGUGAGCUGAUCAAAUAAUCUCAGUUGAAUUAACCAAGUUGUUUCCUCUUAGCAAUAGGUGUCCGAGUUUGAUAUGAUGAUAUGUUUUCUCCAGACCUUGUUGCUUGCUUUGGUGCUUUGGCUUUAUUUAUUCGGAAAUGAGUGUGAGAGAGACAGAUCAGAUACGAUUCGAUAUUGCUGUAUGUUGAAAUUGAUUAAACUCCUGGUACAUGAACUCACUAAAUAUAUGGAUGAACUCGUUAUUUUUGUUUGGAAAAUAAUGUUAAAUGGUGCAUUAAAAACGAGUUUUAAUACAAAACAUCUCCUAUACAUAAUUCUCGAAUGUGCUGAGUCUAAGUGAUAGAUUCGCACGCUUG